UAAUGGAGAAACGUUAUAGGUUUAUUGCGAAAAACGUUGUAUUUCUUAUCUUUGCCUAUGUUGAUACGUUAAAUUGUACACCACUGAAGUCAACAGAUCCAAAUGUUUGUCCUAGGAGAGUAACCAUAAGUAGUCAUUCUGUAAACCAAACACAGUGGAUAAUAGAGUGCUGUCCGGAUUUUUUUAACCAGAAUGGGAAAUGUCAAGCAUGUCCAGCAGGAAAAUAUGGGAAAGAUUGUUCGCUGUCAUGUAUGCCUAAUUACUACGGUGUGCAGUGCAAAACACAAUGUAACUGUACAGAUAAUAAAAAAUGUGACCCAAUUCAUGGUUGUGUUUGUAAGACAGGGUUUACCGGUUCAGAAUGCUCAAAUGCGUGUACAUCCGGAACAUACGGUGUGAACUGCAGUAAGAAAUGUCUCUGUGAACAUAAUGCUGAAUGUUAUCCAGUAACUGGUGAUUGUUUAUGUUCUGCAGGAUGGUUUGGAGAUCACUGCACAAAAGCGUGUCAAUCAGGAAGAUACGGAGUGAACUGCAGUGAGGAAUGUUUUUGUGCACACGAUGUUGAGUGUGAUCCGGCAACUGGUGACUGUUUUUGUCCUGCAGGAAGAUUUGGGCCUCACUGCACAAAGGAAUGUCCAAUCGGAAAAUUUGGAAAGAAUUGUAGUGAGAUUUGUGCCUGCUCAGAUGUAGAACAGUGUGAUGUUCUAACUGGAGAGUGCAUUCAGUGCAACCCCGAAUCUGAUAAAGGAGAAUGCAAUUCACAUAAAGUUGAGGUAAACAAUCUGAAUUCAGGACAAAACAGUUAUAAAUCGAAAGAUACCGUAAUAGUUUACAUACUGAUGGUUGCUGCUCUUAUUGGUCUGGUCUGUGUUGUAACAAUGGUCGUGAAAGUUAAAGAAAGACUAUGUCGUCAGGUACAAAAACCAAAACAAGACACUUCAAAACCAAGGUUGAAACGCCGGAAGGCUAAACGAAGGCGAUCGCUAACCCAAACACAGAACGCACAGACUGGAUUGUAUAUUGUAGACACUGAUAUGAUCAUGUUUCAACCUGAAAUCGAAGAAGAUUUAUAUUGUGAAAUCGAAGAUAUCAAUGAAGUAGAAUCAGAUCGAAAUUAAUGGCCAAUACGAGUACAAACGUCAGUCUAAAUAUUUCUACAGAGCAAAUGAAUACAGGAUCGACCAAAUUUAUUUCUGAAAUCAAUAGUUAACUUCUAUAAUUAGUUACAGUUUUCCUCAUUAUUGGAUGCAUUGACUUUCAAACAAACUAUUGUGCUAGUAGAGAACUUACAAUAACUGUCGUAUUUGACAAAUAAUAAGAAUCCAUUUUACAUUAUGGACAAUCACCAAAUAACGUAGACGCUAAUUUAAAAAAACAUUUUCAAUUUCUUUGUCGGAUUGGAAUCGUUAGUGUUCAAAAUAUUUGCAUAUUUUCUGAUACAAAAAUCGAGUCUUUUUACAUAAGGGAAUGUUUAUUCGGGGAAUUUGAAAUCGUUAUUCCAUAGAUGUGUACACACAAUUUUUUAGCACUUCACAACAUUCUUAAGAAUAAAACCUGCAACCAUAUAUUUUAACUCGUCUUAUCAGAUAACGUUUUGUCGAAAACACUUUAAAAAAAGAAAUAUUAGCACAUUCCGUUUUAGGUUAAAGUGUCGUGUUACAACUGAAUUUUGUUAGAAAGAUUCACAAGUGAUUGGAACAAAUUUUUGUUCAAGCCAGGUUUUUUGUAUGCUAUCUUUAUUCGUUUUUUCAUUCAAAUGGUUUCUAAAACCCGUAAGGGUUCAGAACAUUCUUUAUCUAAUACUGCAUUUUCCUGAUCGCAUGACCAGGUGUUAUAUGUAAAGAAUAUAAAUCGAUUUCAGUCAUUUUUUCAGAACGCAUUAUUGCUCAUAAAAAUAGAUUUGUAUCCCAAUCAUCAUAAAUUUAAAUAAUCAACCUUUAGAAGUAGUUUCAAUAGUUAUUUUUGUCAUUCUUUCAUCUUGUUUAAUAAACAAUUAGAAUAUUGCCACGUUUGACGAUAAGAAGAAGACGAAAUGCUGUAAAACAAUUGUUUUAUUUAAACAUCAAGGUUUGCAUUCAAGAAUUUAUAUGAAUGACAGAUUUGAAAGCAAACAAUUUAAACUGAAGCAAUUUGAUAAUAACAGUAUGUGCUAAAAGUAUGAUUAAUAAAGGAACGAAACAAGUAAAGCGAGUAUCCAAUACAUGAUCAAACAAACAGCUUAAACGCAUGUUUAAGGUGAUAGGUUAUCUUUUUUAUUUGAACUGACAAGGCUUAUGUAGACAAAAAGCGUUUGGUAUAUCAAAAUAUAAAUCUGGUAUCUUUGACAAGUUUUUGUUCGGAGCAUAGUCUUUAGUUGGAUUUCGACUAAAAAGUUUGAAUAUCCCUUUAAUAUCUUUCGCUUCUUUGAUAAUACCAAACCGUCAACAAGGGUCCUUCUUUUGAAGUAUUGACCAAUUGUUAAUUCCUGGCUUUUCUAAACAUAAAACACUGAACAGAAAUCUGAAGAUAUGAAACCCUAUACAAUAAAGACUUUGACAAAUGCAGAGAGAUGGGCUAAAUGCAAAUGAUUAAAAGAAGGCAUGUUCUUUACAUUUAAAAUGAUAUACUGUACUGUUACAUCACUGACCCAGGUUAGGGGGAGAGUUGGCGCGCCUGCAAACUAGUUUAACCCCCCCCCCCACAUUCUGUAUGUGCCUUUCCGAAGAGUGGAGCCUGUAAUUCAGUGGUUGUCGUUUGUUGCUGUAUAUCAUAUUUGUUUUUUGUUCAUUAUUUUGUUCAUAAAUUAGGCCGUUAGGUUUCACGUUUGAAUUGUUUUACAUUUGUCAUUUCGGGGCCUUUAAUAACUGACUAUGCGAUCUGGAUUUUACUCAUUGUUGAAGGCCGUACGGUGACCUAUAGUUGUUAAUAUCUGUGUCAUUUGGUCUCAUGUGGAGAGUUAUCUCAUUGGCUAUCAUAGCACAUCUUCUUAUUUUUUUAUAGACAAAACCUUUAGUAUUCCGGGCAGUAUAGGUCUACACGUCGAUGCAAUAUAUCCACGCUGUCAUCUUUUAUCAGACAAAAGAUAAACAGAAAGCUUGAACUUCAACUUAACUUCAAUUGCAAAUUUACAGAUUUUUUUUAUUUAAUAGCGAGUCUUCAUUCAACAUGUAAUAAUUUUAUGCCAUAAUUUGUGUUUGCGGUAGCUUUGUAAA